GGGCCGGGGUAUCUUUCCGUGGGGCAAGGCUCUGCCAAAAUCUGGGAGUGAGGGGAGUCAGGGCGCUGGGGCCGCAGGGCGGGCCCUGCACCGCAAAUGGGAGGGGGGCGACGGAAUGGGCGUGCGCACCCAUGGGGGUGUGUGCAUGUGUGUGGGAGUGUACAUGCGUGGAGAGGCACUGCCUUGCGUGUGUGCACACGUGUGAGGAUGUCAGCGCCUGUGUGGCCGCGGGACUCAAGGCUGGCCUGGCUCAAGUGAACAGCAGGUCCAGGAGGCGACCUCGUCCGCGGGUUUGCAUUCUGGGGUGGACGAGCUGGGGGUUCGGUCCGAGCCCGGUGGGAGGCUCCCGGAGCGCAGCCUGGGCCCAGCCCACCCCGCGCCGGCGGCCAUGGCGGGCACCCUGGACCUGGACAAGGGCUGCACGGUGGAGGAGCUGCUCCGCGGGUGCAUCGAAGCCUUCGAUGACUCCGGGAAGGUGCGGGACCCGCAGCUGGUGCGCAUGUUCCUCAUGAUGCACCCCUGGUACAUCCCCUCCUCUCAGCUGGCGGCCAAGCUGCUCCACAUCUACCAACAAUCCCGGAAGGACAACUCCAAUUCCUUGCAGGUGAAAACGUGCCACCUGGUCAGGUACUGGAUCUCCGCCUUCCCAGCGGAGUUUGACUUGAACCCGGAGCUGGCUGAGCAGAUCAAGGAGCUGAAGGCUCUGCUAGACCAAGAAGGGAACCGGCGGCACAGCAGCCUCAUCGACAUAGACAGCGUCCCUACCUACAAGUGGAAGCGGCAGGUGACUCAGCGGAACCCUGUGGGACAGAAAAAGCGCAAGAUGUCCCUGUUGUUUGACCACCUGGAGCCCAUGGAGCUGGCGGAGCAUCUCACUUACUUGGAGUAUCGCUCCUUCUGCAAGAUCCUGUUUCAGGACUAUCACAGUUUCGUGACUCAUGGCUGCACUGUGGACAACCCCGUUCUGGAGCGGUUCAUCUCCCUCUUCAACAGUGUCUCGCAGUGGGUGCAGCUCAUGAUCCUCAGCAAACCCACAGCCCCGCAGCGGGCCCUGGUCAUCACACACUUUGUCCACGUGGCGGAGAAGCUGCUGCAGCUGCAGAACUUCAACACGCUGAUGGCAGUGGUCGGGGGCCUGAGCCACAGCUCCAUCUCCCGCCUCAAGGAGACCCACAGCCACGUUAGCCCUGAGACCAUCAAGCUCUGGGAGGGUCUCACGGAACUAGUGACGGCGACAGGCAACUAUGGCAACUACCGGCGUCGGCUGGCAGCCUGUGUGGGCUUCCGCUUUCCUAUCCUGGGUGUGCACCUCAAGGACCUGGUGGCCCUGCAGCUGGCACUGCCUGACUGGCUGGACCCAGCACGGACCCGGCUCAACGGGGCCAAGAUGAAGCAGCUCUUUAGCAUCCUGGAGGAGCUGGCCAUGGUGACCAGCCUGCGGCCACCAGUACAGGCCAACCCUGACCUGUUGAGCCUGCUCACGGUGUCUCUGGAUCAGUAUCAGAUGGAGGAUGAGCUGUACCAGCUGUCCCUGCAGCGGGAGCCGCGCUCCAAGUCCUCGCCAACCAGCCCCACGAGUUGCACCCCACCACCCCGGCCCCCGGUGCUGGAGGAGUGGACCUCGGCUGCCAAACCCAAGCUGGAUCAGGCCCUCGUGGUGGAGCACAUCGAGAAGAUGGUGGAGUCUGUGUUCCGGAACUUUGACGUCGAUGGAGAUGGCCACAUCUCACAGGAAGAAUUCCAGAUCAUCCGUGGGAACUUCCCUUACCUCAGCGCCUUUGGGGACCUCGACCAGAACCAGGAUGGCUGCAUCAGCAGGGAGGAGAUGGUCUCCUAUUUCCUGCGUUCCAGCUCUGUGUUGGGGGGCCGCAUGGGCUUCGUACACAACUUCCAGGAGAGCAACUCCUUGCGCCCCGUCGCCUGCCGCCACUGCAAAGCCCUGAUCCUGGGCAUCUACAAGCAGGGCCUCAAAUGCCGAGCCUGUGGUGUGAACUGCCACAAGCAGUGCAAGGAUCGCUUGUCAGUCGAGUGUCGGCGUAGGGCCCAGAGUGUGAGCCUGGAGGGGUCUGCACCCUCACCCUCACCCACGCACAGCCACCAUCACCGCGCCUUCAGCUUCUCUCUGCCCCGCCCUGGCAGGCGAGGCUCCAGGCCUCCAGCAGAGAUCCGUGAGGAGGAGGUACAGACGGUGGAGGAUGGGGUGUUUGACAUCCACUUGUAAUAGAUGCUGUGGUUGGAUCAAGGACUCAUUCCUGCCUUGGAGAAAAUACUUCAACCAGAGCAGGGAGCCUGGGGGUGCUGGGGCAGGAGGCUGGGGCUGGGGGUGGGAUAUGAGGGUGGCAUGCAGCUGAGGGCAGGGCCAGGGCUGGUGUCCCUAAGGUUGUACAGACUCUUGUGAAUAUUUGUAUUUUCCAGAUGGAAUAAAAAGGCCCGUGUAAUUAACCUUCA